AACAAACCAAAAGAUGACAUGGAUAAAGAACCUGGAAGAACCAAAGUACUCGGCCUGGCUUUAACUCUGGAGUCUCAGUGUUAUCCGCAGGUGUCAAGUGGAGUGUGGAAGGUUCUUGCUGUUAUGAAACAAGAUGAGAUUGCCUCAGCUGUGCGAAAUGACUUUACUGUUAUUCAGUUUGCCCAGUCCCUCUACAAUAAACAUGGACAAGACCCUACUAAGUAUGAUUAUAUACGACAGAAGCUUCGUGAAGCGGGACGUUUGUUGUUGUGUCUGCGUACAGAAUUCUCAGUGCAUAACAUCGAAGAAGCUAUUAAGCCUGCUAACUUCCAGAGAGUUGUGCAAGCAGUAAAGAAAGUUUCAGGUUUUGAUGAAGAGACACUGUCAUACAAAACUCCAAGCCUUGCGCUGAAACUGGGACAUACACUGCAUAAAAUGUCUGACAUUAUCCAUUGUCGUGCCCUCAUGACAGAGGAUGAAGCCCUAAUCAAGUCCACUGAUGCGUUCAAGAAGUUGUAUGUCUCCAAAUGGUCCGAGAUGGUGUCUCACCGUGCCUUGAACACAUUGAGUGAGGCAAAGUUUAACAAGCCAUCAACAUUGCCCUUUACAGAAGAUGUUCGGAUUCUCCAUCACUACCUUCAAAAAUCUGCAGAAAGUGCCUUUUGCAGCUUGGAGAACGAAGCCACAGCUCAGAAUUAUGCCCAACUUGCACAAGUUACACUCUCACAAAUCAUUGUGUUCAAUCGAAGACGUUCUGGAGAGGUUUCAAAGAUGCGCCUCAAAAGUUUUCUUGAAAGAGACAAAACGGCACUCCACACAGAUGUUUCCAUGGGGCUCUCAGAAAUGGAACAGAGACUCUGUAACUAUUUCUGUAGAAUAGAAAUAAUGGGAAAAAGGGACAGAAAUGUUCCAGUUCUGCUAACACCAAGCAUGCUGGAUGCUCUGUCACUACUGGUUAGUAGGAGGCCUGACUGUGGUAUUUGUGCCACUAAUAUCUACCUCUUUGCAAGACCCCGAUCAAUGAGUCAUUACAGAGGAAUGGACUCCUUGCGUGUUCAUGCACACCAGUGUGGAGCAAAGCACCCUGAGUAUCUAAGAUCGACACAGCUCAGAAAACAUGUUGCCACACUCUCACAAGUCCUUAAUUUGAAAAACAAUGAACUUGAUCAGGUUGCAGAUUUCCUGGGUCAUGAUAUCCGCGUUCACCGCGAAUUCUACAGAUUACCAGUUCCCACAACACAGCUGGCCAAGAUUUCCAAACUGCUUUUAACACUGGAAAAAGGACAUCUUUCCCAGAUCCAGGGGAAAUCACUGGAUGAGAUCGAAAUUGAAGAUGAAAUUGCAUUAAGUGAUGCUGAAACAAAGGACAGUGAGAGUGAAUCAGAUGAUGAUGACACAGCACUCACAAUGUCGGCGUGUGGCACCAGUGAGCCUGUACAUGCAGUAGCUGAUUCCACAAACACAGCGCAGCUCCAAGACACUGUAGAUUGUGAUGAAGAACCACUCAUAAUGCCUGCAGCAAGUGAGACUGCUGCUCCCUCUGAAGAUAAAAAUGCUGCUCAAUCCCACAAUUCCCGAAGAGCUCCCAAAAACAUGUGGUCCAAGGCUGAGGUUGCUGCAGUGAUGAGGCAUUUUAAAGACCACAUAAACGAAGGGAAACUGGCCACCAAAAAUGAAUGCAGUCAUUGCAAAUUGGUAGAAGAUCCGAUGUUGGCAGGAAGAACAGUUCAAAACAUAAGAGAUUUUGUAAGAAACAGAGGAUUAACUGCAAAAAGGCAGAAAAAAAUGAACUAAAAUAACUGUUUAGCCAGAUGUGGUUUUACAUCUUGGUCAGAUGGCCAAACUGUUGUUAAAACUGAGUUAUUGUGCAGCAGGCUGCCUGAUGUUCUGUUUAAAAAAAAGUUCUU